AUGACCCAAACAAUUGCAAUCGUCGGCGCAACUGGCCUUCAGGACGGCAGUGUUCUCAAGACUCUCUACGCCACUGGCAAAUACAAAAUCCGCGCACUGACUCGUGAUACUAGCAGCAACGCUGCCAAGAGCUUGGUGGAGAAGUACCCGGGCAUUGAACUGGCAAGCGCUGGCCUCGGCAACAUUGCUUCGUUACGUCAAGCAUCCAAGGGCGCACAUAUUGUGUUUAGUGUGACUUCCACCUGGUGGCCAAUGACUGGGACGUUAAUUAUGACAAAGAGUACGAGCAUGGGUGUUGAGUCCCUAGUCUUCAGCAGCCUUGGUUCUUUGAAGGCAAAUUCCAAUGGCAAGUACCCGGGCGUCAUGCACUUUGAAAGCAAGCACAGGGUUGAAGAAUACAUUUUGAGCAAGGAAAACCAGAUCCGCGGAUACUUUGUCUAUGUAGGAUUCUACUUUGAAAAUCUAAUAAACUCGUCACGCCUUUCGCUGGAGGACAGCAAGACCAUCGAGUUUGUAUUUCCGCUGAAUCCCACCACAGAGGUGCCAAUUGUUGACACUGCCAAUGACGUUGGCGCUGUAGUAUCUUACAUUCUGGACCACCCCGAAGAGAGCCUUGGAAAAGCGAGAGAGUUAGUUGAGGCAUUCACUGAGGCUACUGGCAUUCCGGCCCGCUACGUCCAGAUUCCGGUUGAGCAAAUUGGCAACGAUAGCCUGAUCCAGGGGUUAAAGGGCAUCGAAGAGUUUGGAGGCUUCGAUGGAGGAGCCGAGUUCAUUGACCGCAACAAGCUGCUGAUUGACCACAAGUUUGCCACCCCAGUCGAGUUCUGGAAGAACCGCAGAUGGACUGGCCCUGCCCAGUUUUCCAACUUCAACAAGCUGCUCGAGGAGAGUCUGGAGCUGACUGACGAUUCGCCCACAUUCGAGCAGCUAAAGCAGCAACUAGCAAAGCUUAAGCCGGAUCUGGCCGGUCUGUUUGAGUAUCCGGGAAAGAAUUUGCAGCACCGCGCCGAGCUAGAGAAGGGCACACCGUCGAUCAACGGCGAAAAGUUCAAGGUCAGCGAUGACUUUAUCAGCGAGGCAAAGAAGCUGUCUGACUUUUUAGACAUUGACGAGGACAUUGCUGCGGCGCUGGUGCAUAAGGCGGGGCCUUUUGAAAAACGCUUCGAGCUGCCGGCUGCCGAGUCAGCGGUGCUCUUGUUCUUCAGCGAACGCGAGGCAAAGUUGGCGAGCCUGACCACGAUAUUUGUCGCCGGCGGGAGCCAGGCGGUUGACGAGUCGCACAUUAAAGACUUGAAGACCAAGCAGGGCAAGCGCGAUGUUGUCGAGUUCGCACUGACAAAGUUGGGUGAGGAGCGCAAGCAGCUGGCGAUGCUGAUGUUUGCCAUCAUUCGCAACUACCAGCUGAACUCUGGCGAGCUGAUCGCCGUCGUCGAGUGGCUCAGGUCCAGCAGCGUAGACGAUCCGGUCACUCUGCGCAUGUCCCUCGCGCUACUGACGGCCCUGAGCACCUCGGCCGAAGGAGCCAACCAGGAAUUGGCCGAGGCGACUGCGCUGGACAAGAUAAACCACUUGGUGCGCGACAGCCAGUUCUUGGUCAAACUCAACGCCGAAAUAAUUGAGAAGCCGUGGUCAGAUGAUGGAUUGAAGGGCCUGAUCUGGCUGCAGUGGGCGUUGCUCGCGCUGUUUGGCAUGAAGCGCUCUCCCGGAUUCGACCACCUGAUUGGCUUCCGCGAGGACCGCGUCGAGCGGAUUGCUGAGCAGGCCAUCCAAAUGGGCGCAUAUCGGUUCGCAGUGGACUAUCUUCUUGGCUAUCGCAUUACGGACGACAUCGACUACGAGCUUUCAGCCGAGUUUGAGGUUCUGCAGCGACAGCACACAUCUUCGGCAGCUGGCUCGGUCCGCAGUAGCGCAGCCGACUCGAAGAAGCAGAGGUACCCGCAUUUUCUCGACAUUUCUGAGGACUUGCAGUGGCACAUCGAGCACAUGCUGGAGAACACAGUGGCAGCAUUCAUCGGCCGCAUGUCUAGCUUGAUCAGGCGCAUGCGCUAUAGCGAGGAGGACGCGAUAUACCAGGCCCAACAGGCUGAACUCCAGCGUGCCGCCCAGGAGGAGCAGCGCCAGCUUCUUCUGCAACAGCAGCAACAUCAGCAACUUGCACAGAGCGGGUACAGGUACAGCCGCCCGAUUAACAACCAGGGCGCCAGCAGCCAGGCUGCAGGCGCUUCGACCGCCACUUCCGAUCCCCGCCGCGACACCGAGGCUCUUUUUUUGCUGAUCACUGUCCUAUACUCUGAUCGUCCUGAUGCCGGUCUGCGGUUCUGGGGCCGGCCCGAGGGCGGGCAAAUCGACCUUGACGAUCGUCUGGCUGUGUUCUUGCGCUGGGGCUCCGACUGCCGCGAGCCAGGCAUGAUUCGCGGCGCUUGCGCGCACGAUUUCAUGAGCGCGAGCGAAAACAGCGUGCUGUGCCCGAGCCGCGGCCAGGUGGCAUCGAACCAGGCGCCGCUGUGCUCGUGGCCAGCGCUGUUUGGGGCUCUCGACUUUUAUGCGAGCCAGAUGCGCCAGAGCGAGCCCGACCCACUGUCGCCGCCGCCUGAGAUUCCGGAGCCCGAGGUUGCACUGCUGCGGUCUUUCCUGCGACUGUGCCGCUCGGUUGUGCGUUACUCGAUCGUUGCGCGCUCGAGCAUCUACGACAGUACUGACUACAGUCCCAUGAUCACUAUGUUUAACCUGCUCGGCCUGAUCGAUACCAUUGCCGCAUUUGGUGAGCUGUGCGAUGAGACAGUUCCCGACAGCAUGCGCCAGGCCAUCAGUGAGAUGGCACGCCGCAGCUGGGCUCUGCUAGAGCAAAGCCAGACGCUGCCUACCACUAGCGACAUCGACUCACUGCGCAACACACUUCCGGCCGGUGCGCACCAGCGCGGCAUGACUAUUGGCCGUGGCAGCAGCAGCACCAACAGUGGCGGCAGCCAUGGCAGAGAGAUUGAGGCCCCUGUCGAGACGUAUCCUGAGAUGCGUGCUUUUGUGCGUCUGGUGGGCACGCUUAUCCACACGUCGAGCAGCGCCCCGGCACUGUCCAACAUGGAACGUGACCCUAUCCUGUACACUGCGUCGUCGCCGUCUAUCCCAAUUGACCUGGGCGAAUCAUACCGUAUUCCCGGAAUUAGCCCCUAUGUCGGCUUUGUGCUCGACCAUAAGUGGCGCGUCUACGCGCUGUCGCUGGACGUCGUUGAGCGCUGCCUGGGUACCAUGGACCUCAGCGGGCUGGUUGCAGACACCAACAGCAGUGCGCAGCAGCAACAGCAGGGAAGAACGAGCCGGGCUCCUGAUGCCUCGGCCCUGCGCGCGCUGGUGACCCACCCUGGAUUCGAAAUUGCUAUUCGCAUCCUGUGUGGCUCCAAGCUGCUCGAAACGCUGCUGCACGUGCUCAGCGUCGGCGUCGACACGCUGAACAGUGCUACUGGCGACUUGGGCGAGUCGGUUUCAUUCUCCGUGCUCAGCACGCUUCGCAUAUUGCUGCGCAUUUUGCGCAUCCAGGACACGCUGCUGUGCUCGGUCGUGCCGACACUCCUCGAGUCGUCGGACGUGCUCGGGUUCCCACUGAGUCUGCCUCGCUCCCUGACCACGUUGGAGAACCUGCUGCUUUCGCGCCGCCAGUCUGUCAUCCUGCACAUUCUGUCCGACUCCCCCGUGUUUAACGGCGUCGACGACAGCCUGGCACGCGUUGGCCUGAUCGACAACAGCGACGAGAGCCUGCGCAUUAUGCACGGCUUUAUAAGCUGCUUGGAGGCCGAUGACAACGUUGUGGCCGAGUCGCAGUCGGGUGCUCUGAUCAGCGAAGCGGCGCGCGGAUUCACUAGUGGGCUUGAGGAUCAGCAGCCGACUGCGCCACUGCAGUCUAUCCGCCUGGCGAUCAUCGACCUUCUUCUGGCCAACAUCUCGCCUAACAAGCCUGCUCCAACCAUCGCGCACUACCUGCUUGGAUUCAGUCUGACCAAGCCCACGUCCGACGAUCUGCCCGAAAUGUCGCAGCGCGCAACUUGCAUGCACACCAUUCUCGACAUUCUGCGCAGGGACCACCACGACUUUGAGUCGUACGACAUCCAGUCUUCGGCACUGCUCGUGCAGCGGCCUCGUCUUGCCGAGCGCUGCCUCCACCUGAUCUACCACUUGUGCUCGGAUCCGGUCACCAGCGAUGUGACGAUGCGCUACCUGCGCGCGCGCGAGAACUUCUUCUAUACGCAGAUGAGCACGACGCCGUCUGUCAUUGUUCCCGACCUCCAGGAGACCGACGGCGAUGAUCUCGCUCUCGGCGUGUACAGCCCGAUCAAGGUCUAUGCGCAGAUGCACGCGCGCGCGUGGCUGUGGCGCAGUACUGCCCUUGAACUGCACACGCUGGUGCUACAGGAUUCGCGCUCGCGGGCCAAGCUGCUUGUCGAGUGGCUGGUCAGCGACGCGAGCCAGCAGGACGGCGGUUCUGCCGACUGCGGCGAGAUGUUCAGUUUGCUGCCGGGCAGGGGGGCGCAAGGGUUCCUGGACUCGCGCAUACGCCUGCUGGCCGUGUUUGACAGCCUGCGCCAGGCAUAUCGCGACUCGUCAGUUGCCCUGAGCCGCCAGCAGCGCGAGACCGAGCGCGAGUAUCUGACCGAGUUCAGCAAUUCGCUGGCAAUGGAUGAGGACGAGGCGGCGACCACGUCUGAUCAAGGCAAGGCCGCUUACUUUGACACCGACAUUCUCAACGUCGACAUCAACUCCUGCACCGUUGCCAACGAGCGCGGCUGUGCAGUGUACGAUCUGCACGCGCUUGUGGCGCUUCUGCGUCAGGCUGAGCGCGUGCUCGAGGCCAAUGGGGAGCUGAGCGCCGCAGCCACUCGUCAGCGCGUGAACGCAACCAUCCGCCGCCUUGUCAUCCGCUGCUAUUUUGCCAACCAAGAGCGCGAGCUGUACUUUGCUUAUGCCAGCGCGCUGCGCGGAUGGAAGGAGAUUGCCGAGAUUGUGGUCACCUCUGCGUGGGACAAGAUUGAGACUGGCGGUCGCAUCGGCCGCGAGCGCACAGCGUUCCAGCUGCUGCACGGCCUGGUGCAGGUCAUUGCCGAGGUUGACCCUGUGUACCAUCCGGGCAAGGUCGCAGCGAAUGCGCCGGGCUGGUGGAUUGGCCCACCGACUGCCGAGCAGGAGAUGCGGCAUACUGAGCUGAUGACGGCGCUGGCGUCAACACUGACACUGUUUACCGAGCGCUUGAGCUCCGAAUGGAUCCGUGCUGGCAUCCUCACGCGCGCGUCGCUGGCCAUGAACAAGCCGGGCAUCUCGGGCCAGUCGCGGCAGCUGCCGCCGGCUGUCGACAGCCAGCUGCCAGUCGAGCCCCUUAUUGAGGCGUGGAAGCUGCUUGUAGGUGCAGCGUUGACUCCAGCAGCGCAGUCAUCGCUGCAGCUGCGCGGCAACGUGUACGCAUCGAUGCUCCACUUCUUGGGCGGUGUGCGCAAGCUGGCGGCUGCUGAGGCUGAGGACAUGCCGUCGCUGAGCUCCGUCGGCGUCAACAGGCGCAAUUCCAAGAACAAGCUCGUGGCUGGUGCGCUAAGUGUCCUGGCCAAUUCGACCCUGGGCGAUCGUCUGCUCGAGUCGGUCAGCUCCGACGCAGCCGAUGCGUCGGAUGCGUGGAAGACAGUUGCAUUCAGUCUUCUGGACGCGCUGACCACGCUGUUCAACGUUGACGCGCGGGUCAACCGCGUGGUGCAGUUCCUCGUGCGCAAGAACUUCUUUGUGUCGUUUGUUGGGUCGAUCCUGCGCCGCGAGGAUCAGGCGAUCCAGACCACGCUGCACCCCGAUCCGGCUUCGCUCAACCCGCUGUACAUCUACGAAGCUAAGAUGGCCUUCUUCCUGCGCUUGGCCCAGCGCCAGGAGGGAGCUGAGAAGCUGAUGGAAAGCGGUAUCUUGGACGUUCUGGCCGACUGUGCGUUCCUGGGCAUGAGGCCCAGCGUGAGUAGCGAGGGCAAGGCGGCGGCGAGCUACACCGACGCGUUUAUUCCGGCGCGGAUCGAGCGCUACCACCAGCUGCUGAUGCCCGCAUUGAACCUGCUUCUGGUGCUGGUCACGCGCAUCGGCCGCGACAACCUGACCUUGUGGAUGAAGGCAGCGCGGUUUGUCUCGCAGCACCACAGCGUGCUCGAGGCUGUUCUCAAGGAGGUGGCCAUCCCGGCGCAGACGCUGUCGAUCGCGCUUCUCACCGAGGCCAAGGCCAUUACUUCGCUUGUGUUCUAUAUUGGCCGCCAGCGCGCGGUUCUCGAGCGUGAGGCGGCGCUGGCUGGAAGCGGCCAUGUUGGCGUCAGCUCGCUGCACCUGCCGAUGCUGGCCUUGCUGCCAAAGUUUGCCACUUCGAGCAACUGGACCAAGCGCCUGGUGGCGACCAACGACGUCGAGCGCGCGCAGGCUUAUGUGUCGGCCGCCGGGACAUCUACGGCGAUGUCUCCCAACGGCAGCGACGACAUGAACGGGGCUGACAGCGGCAGCAACGAGCUCAAGGGCUCCGUAUUUGGGCAGCAGGCCAGCGAGCUUGUCGAUGCCGUGGUACGCAAUGCGCUGUCGUACGCACAGGCCAUGACGGAGCAGCCGCUGGGCGGUGUUGGAUUGUCCGAGGCAGCACGGUUGUUCCGGCCAGCGUUCUCGUGGGCGAUCGAGCACAGCCGCGAGUCGGACUACAUGCCGUCGCUGGCCACGCUGACGUCGUUUGUGCGGCGAUCGCUUCAUCAGAUCGAGCGCGGACGGCGUACUCGCGAUGAGAAGCUGCGGCUGGCGAAGAAUUCCGGGGAGAUGACGACGGCAGACCUGCGCAAGCUCGUGGGCGCAUCACCGUACGUCGAGCUUUCAGAAGACCUGGCGCCGGCGCAGAUGCGUGCGCUGGGAUCUGUGUUGCUGACCCAGCAGGCGCAGCGCAUCGGCAAGAGCACGGCUAUGCUUGUUUCUGCCGUUGAGCAGGCGCUGGUGCUGUUCUGGAGACAUUUGUCGUUCUUCAUGGGCGGAGGUGCUGCUGCUGUUAGCAAUGGUGGGGAGUGCGUUUAUGGCAGCGUGGGUCGGGCCCAGUCGUCGAUAGUUGUUGUGCCGACGUUGCAGGAGCGCGAGUUGCUUCGGUCGGAUGUGUCGAUUACGCUGCCGCCCUUGUUGACGCUGCUUUCGGAGCUGAAGUUGAGCAAUGACGAGGUGGCUAAUGCGGCGACUCACAUGAGCUUUGUGCAGAUGCUGGUCCGGCGCAUCAAGGACCUGGUGCUGCGCGAAGGAUCAGUGGUUUGA